UGUUAUUAUGUUGGAGAUGAUUAUGAUUUAGACGUUUAUUUAAAAGAAAGAUUAAAUAAGAUGGAUGAAGAUACCUUCCAUUUGGUAAGUUACGAUGAUGUUAUAAAAGGUUUUAUGUCUAUAAUUAUAAAUCAAGAUGAGGAAAGCAAGAAAGAAAAACAAAACGAUGAAACAUUAAAAAAGUUGGUUGAGGAUAUAAGAAUAAGACGAAAACACAAAAAUAAUAAGGAAUAUAUAAAAACGAUGAUAUAUAAAUAUUAUUUAAAAUAUAUUUUGAAGAAUAAAAGUAGAUAUUUAUUUUCUAACAUAAUAGUAUAUAACAUUCCCCCUAAAGAAAUUAUAGAUGAAGACAUUUUAAAGGACUAUUCAUAUAUUAUAGAUAUUAGGAAGGUAAUUCAUUUUGUUUAUUUUAUAGAGGACGAUAGUUAUAAUGCCUUAAAUGAUGAAAGGAUAUGUUCCGACGUUAUGAAUGAACACGUUUCUUCUUUUAUGUUAGAAGAGGUGGGUCUUGAGAAGGUGGACAGAAUAGCAAGUGAGGAAAAUAUAUUAGAUGUGGAAAAUGAAUCAGACGAUAAAAAUGUGAUAACUAGAGACGAUGUGUUAAAUGAAAGGAAUACUACUACAAAUGGAAGGUAUCUUCAUCCAUCUUAUUUAAUCUUUCUUUUAAAUAAACGUCUAAAUCAUAAUAAAAAGGAAGAGGAAAAGAAGAAGAAAAAGAAGGAAACGACAAAAAAAACCAAGAUGAAGAAUAAUAGAAAGAAAAAAAAAAUGGAUGAAUAUAAUAAAGAAUUAAAAAGGAAUGAGAAGAUAUUUUUAUCAAGAUAUAAAGAUAUUGAGUUUACUAGGAUAUAUAUAGAUAAAGAGUUACCAUGUAAUAUGUUAAAUAUAUAUUGUCCUAAAAUAAUUAUUUUAUUUAUACCUCAAAAUAUAUAUUUACAAUUAUAUAUAUCAUCUCUGAUAUGUUUACAUUUGAAGAAUUAUAAAUCUAUUAAUACAGCUAGUUUGAUAUAUGAGAUAAGAAUAUUGGAAAGGAUGAAAACAAAAAUGGUAUAUAUUGAAAAGUGUAAGAAAGGAGGGGGAGGGCAAGGGGAAAAGGAAAAGGAAAAAUAUAUAUCUGACAUUAUGGAUGAAAAACGGAUGAUAAGAAAAAUAUAUGAUUAUAUAACGAGUAAGAUAAAACGUGUGGAUAGUAAUAUAUUAUUAUGUGGUUUUCCGAUAUUUCUUAGAAAGGGUUAUUAUAAUAAUAAGAGUGAUUAUUUUUAUCAGUUUGAUUUUUUAAAAAAAUUUAAAAUUGAUGGAAUCAUAUCUUUUCUGUUCGAUGACACCUAUUUGGAACAGAUAUGUAAUGGUAAAAACAUUGUGUGUGCAGAAAAAUAUAAGGAAAUAUUAAAUUUUAUGUAUAAGGAGUAUCGUUACAAAUGUAAGAUAUAUUAUGAAAGGAUAAGGAAUAAUGAUGAUUUACAAAAUGUGCUUGCGAAGUUGAAGAAUAAUUUAUAA